AUGAGACUUAUCAACGUGCACACUCUGCAUCUCGAAGAGUUCUCACAAGAUAAGGUGCCGCGCUAUGCUAUCUUGUCGCAUACCUGGGGCUCGGACGAGGUCUUGUUCGACGACCUCCAGACCGAAGACAGAGUCCUUCUCUCGGAUCGGCAGGGUUUUUGGAAGGUAAAAUCUUGCUGCGAACAAGUCUGCGCUCGUCCAGGCCGGAUUGACUAUGUCUGGGUUGACACCUGCUGCAUCGACAAGAAGAGCUCAGCAGAGCUGAGUGAAGCUAUCAAUUCGAUGUUUCAAUACUAUGCUGGGGCCGAGUACUGUCUCGUUUAUCUAGAGGAUUUUGAAGACGACGCAAGCCCUGCACUGGAAAAUCUAAAACACUGUCGGUGGUUCACAAGAGGGUGGACGUUGCAGGAACUCAUCGCACCCAGCGAUGUCUACUUCAUGUCCAAAGGGUGGAAGCCUCUCGGACGCAGGUCAGAGCUGGCUGCUGUAAUUUCCCAGAUCACCGGUAUAGCGCUCAACAUCAUGAAUGAGGACAUUUUGACCGGAGGGGCCUCCCUCACAUUCCAGCACGCAAGCUUUGCUCAGCGGAUGUCCUGGGUUUCCCGUCGCUCUACGACCAGAGAGGAAGACAUGGCAUACUGCUUGCUGGGUCUCUUUGACAUCAGCAUGCCAGUUCUCUACGGCGAGGGCCUGAUCAAGGCUUUCCGUAGACUGCAGGAAGAGAUCGUCAAGACCUCGUCAGACCACAGUCUAUUCGUCCACGAUUCGGCUUCCACGGAAAAUCGUUCCAUCCUUGCGGAGACCCCAAAAGCGUUCGCCAACUAUGGCAACGUCGUUCAGUUUCAGCCAGACUGGCUCUCGGAAGUCAGCCCGUUCUCUCUCACGAAUCGAGGCGUGCAACUCGAGGUCCCUUUGAGGUUGCAUCCUCACGGCGCCGUGGCUGUGCUCGCUUGUCGAUAUCGAGGGGAUUUUCGUGGACCCUUAGGCCUUGAGCUUGAACGGUCUAGGGCACACGAUGGAAACUAUCAGCGACGAGCAAAUCCGCCGCACGUCGUCAUGGACUUUACCAGACCAGGAGAAGGAGACUACAAGAUCACGUCGAUAUAUGUCUCACAGAAGAUAGAGAAGGUGAAGCCCGAUUACUGGACAAACUCUCCGACGAACAUCUGGUUCCGAGUUCCGAACUCUGAUGAAGACUGGAGCAUUGUCAAGGCCUGGCCGUUUUGGUUCUGGAAUGCCACUUAUCAGACCUUCUCGAUCGAUGUUAACAGGAUCUGGGAUCAACACUACAAUGACCAUCUGACGUUGCCGUUGAAGCAUUUACAGCUGCUGAGAAAGCAAGCAAAGGGGCUGAGGAUUCCAGCCAUCGCCAUCGUUUCAAACAACCACGACGCCCUUGGAUCCGUGUUUGGCCAUGUUGUCGUCGUGACCUUGAAGCCUCAGCGCCUGACCUCGAACGCUCUGUGCCCAGAUGUAGAUUUUGAUGCGUUCCCACUGCAUCGUAGAUAUGGUCGGCUGGAAGAGAUUGACAUCGAGGAUAUAGUAAACGAAAUUGAUAUCCGACGAUGGAAAGGCCAUGGAAUCGAGUUUUCACCUGACGAUGCAGAUAACCCAAAGUUACAAUCCGUUCCUGGCCAAGCUUAUGAAGAUAUUCAAGAAAAUGAGACAGACGGCUUGAUCGCGAUGGAAGCGGCAUUGUGUCGAAAGCAUCUUCUUGGUGAAGACGUGUAUGUCGUGGACAUAACACGAGGACUGUCAUCACUAAAAGCCUCGGAUGUGCAUGUGGAAACAAAGCCUGUAACGGAAACUGUGUCUCCUUCUGAUGAGACUCCUGAUGACGAACCAAAAGCGUUUUCUCUAGUGGUUCAGGAUUUUGGAUAA